AAAAGCGCGUCCCCGCGGCGCCUCAGGUCAGAGCUGCUGCUGCAUGCCCGAGAGCUCCAGUCUCGAACCCGAACCAGAACCAGAACCAGAACCAGAACCAGAGCACCAUGCUGCGUGUGCGAUGCCUGAGAGGAGGGAGCCGCGGAGCUGAAGCCGCUCAUCUGAUCGGCGCUAUGGUGGGUCGCGCGGUGUCGCGCGCGUUCCGCAGCACCUCGAGCUCCACCGCCGCGCUCCCGCUCACCGUGGACGAGCCGUUUACCGAGCCCGCGCCCGAGGAAAGCCCCGUGUGCGCGCACACCGAGUGGGACCCGCUGGAGGAGGUGAUCGUAGGCAGAGCCGAGAACGCCUGCGUCCCCCCGUUCACCGUGGAGGUCAAGGUACAGCCAGCCAAGUGUGGUUUCACUGCAGAAGCAGACGUGUUGUGUCUCAGCUCACAGACAGCACCUGAGGGGGAACUCGCACACACAUACGUAGAUACACACACACGUGACGUGCACACACACGCACACACACUGAUAUCAGUGCCGACACGACAGGCUGUUUUCUGUGCAGGCAUGUAUGCAGCCAUGCCGAGAGACAUUCUGAUCGUGGUGGGAAACGAGAUCAUCGAGGCCCCAAUGGCCUGGAGGGCCCGGUUCUUCGAGUACCGCGCGUAUCGGCCACUCAUUAAGGAGUACUUCAGGCGGGGAGCCAAGUGGACCACUGCACCCAAACCCACCAUGAGUGACGAGCUGUACGAUCAGGAUUACCCCAUCCGCACUGUGGAGGACAGACAUAAGCUGGCCGCUCAGGGGAAGUUUGUCACCACUGAGUUCGAGCCAUGUUUCGACGCUGCAGACUUCAUCAGGGCCGGCACUGAUAUCUUUGUACAGAGGAGUCAGGUUACAAACUUCAUGGGCAUCGAGUGGAUGAGACGUCACCUCGCUCCCACCUACAAGAUCCACAUCAUCUCCUUCAAAGACCCCAACCCCAUGCACAUCGACGCCACCUUUAACAUCAUCGGCCCGGGGCUGGUGCUGUCGAACCCGGAUCGGCCCUGCAGGCAGAUCGAGAUGUUCAAGAAGGCCGGCUGGACUGUGGUGACUCCUCCAGCUCCUCUUAUUCCAGACAAUCAUCCGCUGUGGAUGUCGUCCAAAUGGCUCUCGAUGAACGUGUUGAUGCUGGAUGAGAAGCGUGUGAUGGUGGACGCUAACGAGACGAACAUACAGAAGAUGUUUGAAAGUCUGGGUAUUCAGACCAUUCGAGUCGGCAUCCGGCACGCUAACUCGCUGGGAGGAGGCUUUCACUGCUGGACGACGGAUGUGCGCCGCCGCGGGACGCUCCAGUCGUACUUCCUCUAGCCUGCCAGAGACACGCAGUCCUUAUUGAGCUCAGAUCAGCAUGCUUUGAUCGCGCCGUGCAUGUCAGGGCUUUUGCAAACGCCACAGAUGAACGUGAUGAAUACAAGCCUCAGUGAUCUCAAUAACGACUGCAUGUCUGGCCGGCUGUUGUAGGAAUGACUCCAGUGAAGCAGACAGAGCCCCCCCCACGCCACCACGACCACAGAAGAAGAGUUUCUACCUCCUGUUUACCAAAAUGAAAA